UCUCUCACCCUCAGCUGAGCAGGACGUGUUUCAGUGCUGCGUCGCAGACAGAUAGAGAGUGUGUGAGCGCGUGUGCGUAUCCAGAGUCAGUCAGUGUGUGUGUGUGUGUGUGUGUGUAUAGGCAGGGAGUUGCUGUAGUUUGGAGCUGUAAAGCGGGGCUGGACUAGACUGCACUGGUUCUCUUUUCUACUCCAUGUGCACUUUUCCUCUCUGAGCCGUAUUCCUCUGGUGUUUCUAAAGGCUGGGGGAGCACCGACGCUGGGACUGGUUUGAACACAGAAGGAGAAGAAACUGAGGAGACAUACCGCAGAAAAAAACACACACACACAAGCAGAGACAGAGAGCACUUAACACACUCUCUCUGCUUCUGAGAACUCUGUGUGUCUGUGGAUAUACGCGCGCCUGUGUGUGUGUGUGUGUGUGGCUUUUGUGGCAGUGCUCAGUAUGUGGAUGUGCGGCUCGCUCGGUCAGCUCUCUCUGACCGGCAGGGCUGCAGCGAUGUGAUCGGCGUCCGGCGCGGCUGCCUCUGACCCACAUCACCUGUUCCCUUCCCCUCCAGGGUCUGCCUCCUGAGUCGGACCGGACCGGACCGCCCCCCCCCCGGGGCUCUCGCUCUCUCCUGGACCAGAGGUCCCCUCGCGCUCUCUCACCGGACCGCUGGCCAAUCUGUGUGCGUUUGCAAAUUCUGAGAGUGUGAAAGAAAGAAGAAGGAAAAACAAAAGGACUGGGGAGAAAAAGAGAACCCACAUCCAGCCGGAACCAUGGACUACCUCUGUCGGAUUUUAUUACUGCUGACCGCCACGGUGCUACUGGGCAGGAUGGACGCGCAGCAAGCCAAGAGCAACGUUCCCCGCCUCAAGCUGUCCUAUAAAGAAAUGUUGGAGUCCAACAACCUGGUCACCUUCAACGGACUGGCCAACAGCUCAGCCUAUCACACCUUCCUGCUGGACGAGGAGAGGGGACGCCUAUUUGUCGGAGCCAAAGAUCACAUUCUCUCCUUCGACCUCGUGGACAUCACCAUGAACAAUCAGUUGAUAUCGUGGCCUCCAUCUCCAACACGAAGAGAUGAAUGCAAGUGGGCAGGCAAGGACUUACAGAAGGAGUGCGCCAACUUCGUCAAGGUGCUGCAUCCGUACAAUAGCACCCACCUGUACACCUGUGGCACCGGAGCCUUCCACCCCGUCUGCGCCUUCGUAGAGGUGGGCAAGCGGCCUGAGGACAACAUCUUCCGUCUGGAGUCCUCACACAUGGAGAACGGCCGUGGGAAGAGCCCCUAUGACCCCAAACUGCUGACUGCUUCUCUGCUGAUUGAUGGCGAGCUAUAUGCAGGCACAUCAGCAGACUUCAUGGGCCGGGACUUUGCUAUUUUCCGAACGCUGGGAGAACACCACCCAAUUAGGACCGAACAACACGACUCGAGAUGGCUCAACGACCCUCGGUUUGUCAGUGUCCACCUCAUCCCCGAAAGUGACAACCCCGAGGAUGACAAGAUCUACCUGUUUUUCCGUGAGAACGCCAUCGAUGGAGAACACGCCGGCAAAGCCACCCACGCCAGGAUUGGGCAGCUGUGUAAGAAUGACUUUGGUGGCCACAGAAGUUUGGUAAACAAGUGGACCACAUUCCUCAAAGCUCGACUGGUCUGCUCCGUCCCGGGCUUCAACGGCAUCGACACACACUUCGAUGAGCUGCAGGAUGUCUUCCUUAUGAGCUCCAAGGAUCCCAAGAACCCAGUCAUCUAUGCUGUGUUCACCACAUCCAGUAACAUCUUCAAGGGCUCGGCGGUGUGUAUGUACAACAUGGCCGACGUGCGCAGGGUGUUCUUGGGUCCGUACGCGCACAGGGACGGCCCCAACUACCAGUGGGUCCCUUUCCUCGGCCGAGUGCCCUAUCCUCGUCCAGGAACGUGCCCCAGUAAAACCUUCGGAGGGUUUGACUCCACCAAAGACCUUCCUGAUGAUGUCAUCACGUUUGCCCGAAGCCACCCAGCCAUGUACAACCCCGUCUACCCGAUCAACAACCGGCCAAUCAUCAUCAAGACGGACGUGGACUACCAGUUCACCCAGUUGGUGGUGGACAAAGUGGAGGCCGAGGAUGGCCAGUACGACGUCAUGUUCAUAGGCACAGAUAUUGGCACAGUUCUGAAAGUGGUGUCGAUACCCAGAGGGACCUGGCAUGAUCUGGAGGAGGUUCUGCUGGAAGAGAUGACUGUGUUCAGGCAACCAACUGUUAUUACUGCCAUGGAGCUCUCAACCAAACAGCAACAGCUGUACCUGGGCUCGUCGGCGGGCGUGUCGCAGAUGCCGCUGCACCGGUGUGACGUCUACGGGAAGGCCUGCGCCGAGUGCUGCCUCGCCAGGGACCCCUACUGCGCCUGGGACGGCAACCAGUGCUCUCGCUACUUCCCCACCGCCAAGAGGAGGACUCGUCGACAGGACAUCAGAAACGGAGACCCCUUGACCCAGUGCUCCGACUUACAGCAUGAAGAUGAACUGCAGGGCCGUAGUGUGCUCCUGGAUAAGACGGUGUACGGUGUAGAGAACAGCAGCACCUUCCUGGAAUGCAGCCCCAAGUCCCAGCGAGCCCUCACUUACUGGCAGUAUCAGAGACAGGGGGAGGACCGCAAACAAGAGAUCAAGUGGGAUGACCGCGUGCUGGCCACUGACCAGGGCCUGCUGAUCCGCAGCCUGCAGCCGCGCGACUCGGGCAUCUUCUACUGCCACGCGGUGGAGCACGGCUUCAUGCAGACGCUGCUGCGCCUCACGCUGCAGGUCAUCGCCGCCGACCACCUGGACGAGCUGCUGCACCGAGAGAACGUGGCCGGCGCCCUCGCCGCCCCGCACGGCAGCGAGGCGCCCGGCAACAGCGGCGCCAACCCCCUGGGCGGCGGCGGCGCGAGCAGCAACCAGAAGGUGUGGUACCGGGACUUCCUGUCCCUGCUCAACCACCCCAACCUGAACAGCGUGGACGACCUGUGCGAGCAGGUGUGGAAGCGCGAGCGCAAGCAGCGGCGGCAGAAGGCGCACCUGGCGCAGGCCAGCCAGCAGCACGCCAGCAAGUGGAAGAUGCUGCAGGAGAACAACAACAAGAAGGGCCGCAACCGCAGGACCCACGAGCAACAGCGGGCGCCCCGGAGCGUCUGAGCUCCUGCCUGACUGAAAAUGACAAAAAUAAAAAACAGAAACAAACAAACAAACAAACAAAUAGACAGACAGACAAACAGACAAGAAAAACAUGAGAAUAAUAUUGAUGAUGUUGAUAGUGAUAAAAAAAGACAUCUUCCUUUCCCUUUGCCUCUGACUGAGAAGAUUAAAAAAAAAAAGAAAUAUAAAAGAAGAAGCUCAAACUGGAAACAAACAUGCAAUAUUCUUCUUGUCGGUGUGUAUGGGGAAAGUGUGUAUGUGUUUGUGUGGCUGAGAAAGAAGGAGAGUGUGAGGUGUGAGAGAGACAAAUGAAUGGGUCUGUGUGUGUGUAUGUGUGCGUGUGUGUGUGUGUGUGUGUAUGUUCACAAGCAUGUGUGUGAAUGAAUGCGUUUGCAUGGGACGGGAUGUACACAUGGUUGUAUCCUGAUCGGACAUUUACUUGAGCAUGCUACUCAAGUUCUGCCCAGUUGACGCUGAGCACCAGGGAAUGACUUUUUGGACCGAAAAUGUGGACUUGGACUUCCUGUAAAUACCAUAACAGUGAAAAAAAAGUCAAAAAAAAAAAAAAGGAAAUGUAUGUGAAAAUUGUUUGACAUUUAGUCUGUAGUUAUAUUCCAUCUGUGACAUGCCCAGGCACAAAUACAGUCGAUGUAACCUUGGCAACCACUAUUUAAUGUGUUUAACCCAUGUGGGACUGUAGGAGAUAACCUCUCGUGGACCUGCGACUCCUCUCUCCAGCAUAAUGCUCUCUAAUGUCUCACGUAGAUACCCAGGCUGGGACAGACACUGGUGGAACAGUCCCAGACUGAUUUGACUGCAAGCAGCCCUGUACCCCCCCCCCCCUCUCCCAUUAGCUGCUCCAGCCGGUGGGGUUGGUUUGUCGUGGCACGGCGGUGGACGAGCUUCACCAUGUUGUUCCGUCUGGCCCCCGAAGGCCUCGUUGAUGAGAGUGCAGCGGUUCAGAAGUUCAUCCGUGCCACUGGCUUGUUUGCCCAGCCCUUUCGUGCCCGCCUGUCCACACAAACACUGGCGCAGCGCGGCGGGCUUUCCUCCCCUUCCCUGGGAAGACCCCCCUUUUCUCCCGAUAAAAAAGGAAAAGAAGAACCUGAGCCUCCUGUUGAAAUAAGCUCCUUUGUGAUCAGACGAGCAUUGCUUCCCAGAAAGAAAUAUUUAAUAUUGUUCAUUGUUUGUCUUGCUUGUGUCAGAUUUUUUUUUUUAUCCUAGAUAUUUUCUCAAGUAUAGGUGAGAGUUUAUUUUAUUUUAUUUUGUAUUGUUAUUUUUAUUUCUGUCAACUGUGUAUUAAGGAAUUUCCGAGACAUAUUUUUACACAAAGCUCCCAGUAUUUAAAUAUUUAAACCUUCCCAUGGCGUAAGUUAUUUUUUUGACUUUCAUAACAUCUCUAAUGACUUGCUAUCCAUAACAGAACUCAGUGUUCAUAUGGAGUGUCUAUAAAUAUACUAACAUCAGUAUCAACAUAGUUUUGGCGUGAGUGUAGUUAUCACAGAUAUAGUAAACAUAUACUGUCUUAUAGCAUGUUUGCAAGACCUUCAUUUUAGAUGGUAAAUGGUGAACAUUCACAAUCUGGAUACGUAGUAUCUCCACACCCCUGUCUAGCUAAGUUUCAAAAGGCUAAGCUAAUGGCUAGGUUACGAUUUUGUUUCUUAAGGGUACUUUCCCUCUUACACUCACAUCAUGCUGUAUCUAUUCCACGUCGAAUGUCUCUUUUUUUCUCUGUUGCUGAUUAAAAGAAAGAACAGGCUCUUCCUCUGAAGGCUACUUUUCAGCAGUGUGGAGGUUACUACACAAUUACCCCUCACUUUUACUCCAUCUGUGGUGCAAAACAGUAUUUCGUAAGAGUGAAUAUUCACAAGUAGGAGUAAAAAGACACAGUCCACCCCCCCCCCCCCCCCCCUCUCUUUUUGGUUAAUUCUCUCCUGUUUUGUGUUGGUGGGGCGCAGCUGAGAUGGAAGUGAGGUCCUGAGUGCACUGCUUUGCCCCAGAGGCGCUUAUGUAAGAGCCCGUGUGUCAUGGAGCUUGUUCUUGUGCACCGAGCAGCAGCACACACACACACACACACACACACACACACACACACACACACUUAUGCACACAGCACAUCUGCCAUGGCUCUGCUUAGGGUGAGGUAGAGGGGGUACUGUGAGAGAGUGAUGCUCGCCGACUCUAUCUCCUGAUGAGUGGAACAGGAACAGAUGUAUUGUUUAUGCUGGUCUGAUCAAUGGUGUGUUUUGCAACGUGGGAUUGCGAACGCCUCACUGAGGUCUUUUUGUCUGUUGUGAAGUUCAACACAACGGACAGCUGGGAAUAACAUGGAACAGAGACAAACACGCACAGGCUCAAACUGAUUCCAAGAUAUACACACACAAGCAAAUACACUCGUAAGGACUUCAUUAGAUUAGCACUCUAUCACAACUUUCCUCAAACCAUAACCCUGGAAACAGACAAUGUCAAUAAAGAAGAGAGAGAGAAAAAAGAAAUAAACAAAAAAGAUGUAUCAAAGGAAAAAAAAACAAAAAAAACUCAAAAAAAGUCCUGGUCCAUAAUGUUAACCACUGUGCGCAAACUGCAUGUGAACGCCUUUGUGUGUUGGUGCACCAGCUUUCCUCUUAAUGUUGCUACCUGUUGCUAAUCGUGAGUGUUUCAUUUCUCUCUGUCAUGUCCAGACGGGCAGAGCCUCUCGCGGCCCUGUUCCCAGGUGUAUAUAUUUGUAUUCUUAGAGUAUGACCACGGUGCAGGCCCAGCUACUCUCUGCACCGCUAUCUAGAGGUACUCUCGCCCACUGUGUUGUGCCGUCACCGCUGGUCACCGUUGGUCACCUUUGGUCAGACGAGACAAAUGGAAAGAAUAGUUCAUCCCAUUGAAUGACAACCGUUAUAAUGUUACAAUGCAAUGAUAAACGCAACAGCUUAUUGUUUGAAUAAAUAAGAAACUGUGUUUAUGGAGACCCGUAAGACUCGAUGGCAUGCUCUCUGUCUCUCUGAAUGGGAACAGGAGAAGGAGAGAUGGAUCAAAAGAGAUAAAAAAGAGGGGGAGGAGACGGAGAGGAAAGGAGGUAAAACUGCUGCUGUAAAUGGUCGUUUCUGGCAUGU